CUCAGAGGAAGAAGAAACCAUCAACAAGAUUAUGCCAAAGUUUAGCCGGACUGUCAUUUCGUCUCCGUGAUAUCAGAGGGAAGGAUGAGGCCCACAGCAAAGAGGCUCCGUUUCACAGUUCUGUGUUUCAUAAUACUGCUGUCAGGACUCUAUCGAUGGGUUGAGGCCCAGCACUGCGUUUGGUACGGUGAAUGUGGAGAGUCUAAAGUAGUUGGAAAAAAGUACAACUGUAACUACACUGGUGCCCCUAUUCCACUAGAACCUAAAGGCUACGAGCUUCUAACGGAGCUCUGUCCAGGGUAUGACUACGGGAACCGAAGUCUGUGUUGUGAUGUUGCCCAGCUGUCCACUCUCAAAGCGAGCCUCCAGCUGCCCCUUCAGUUCCUGUCUCGGUGUCCCUCCUGUUUCUACAACCUGAUGAACCUGUUCUGUGAGCUGACAUGCAGCCCCCAUCAGAGCCAAUUCAUGAACGCCACCAAUGUUACUGGAACCGACGUGAUGGAAGUGCAGUACUACAUUGGACAGACCUUCGCUAACGCCAUGUACAAUGCCUGUCAGGAUGUCCAGGCACCUUCUAGCAAUGUGAAAGCCUUAUCGCUGCUAUGCGGCAGGGACGCAGAAGACUGCACUCCUACCAACUGGAUCCAGUUUAUGUUCAGUAUUGAAAAUGGUCAAGCUCCUUUUCCCAUCAUCCCUAUAUUCUCUGAUGUGGAGGUUUCUGGUUACACACCCAUGAACAACAAAACCUAUGCCUGCACAGAAAGCUUAGAGGAUGGUUCAGGUUCCUGCUCCUGUCAGGACUGCUCGGCAGCCUGUGGCCCCAAACCCAUACCCCCUCCUCUGCCCCCUCCUUGGACCAUCCUCGGUAUGGAUGCCAUGUCUGUCAUCAUGUGGAUCUCAUACAUGGCCUUCCUUCUCAUCUUUGUCGGAGUUUUAGUGGGCGCUUGGUGCUGCAGGAGAAGGACCAUCGCAUCAGAGUACGCCCCUAUUUUGGACAGCAACAACCCGCUUUCCCUCAAUAAUGACUACCCCAACCAAGUGGAUGCUUCCUGUGGUGAGAAGCUGGGCGAGCGUUUCGAGAACCUCAUGCGAGUUUUCUUCAGCCGCUGGGGUUCUUUCUGCGUUCGCCAUCCAUCAGUGGUCCUGCUGGGCAGCUUCAUAUUGGUGAUUGCUUGUAGCGGAGGCCUGAUCUACAUGCACAUCACCACGGACCCUGUUGAGCUUUGGUCGUCGCCGACCAGCCAGGCCCGCCAAGAGAAGGACUACUUCGAUGAGCACUUUGGACCGUUCUACAGAACGGCGCAGCUCAUUAUAACCACUCCGAUUAAUGACACUUACAUUUUCUCUCCGUAUCCUGUGGGCUCGGACGUCCCCUUUAAAGCCAUACUGUUCAAAGAUAUCCUGCAUCAGGUGCUUGACCUUCAGCUUGAAAUCGAAAACCUCGUGGUUGAAUAUGAGGGCCAGAACAUCACGUUAAAAGACAUCUGCCUGGCUCCUCUGGCCCCGUACAACAACAACUGCACCAUCCUGAGUGUUCUCAACUAUUUCCAAAACCGCCAUGAUGUGCUGGAUCACAGCAAAGGGGACGACUUCUAUGUGUGGGCCGACUACCACGACCAUUUCCUCUACUGUGUCAGCGCCCCAGCUUCCCUCAACGACACCACUGCCCUCCAUGAUCCCUGUCUAGGAACCUUUGGUGGUCCUGUGUUCCCCUGGCUGGCACUUGGGGGCUAUGAUGGGACAAACUACAACAAUGCCACAGCGCUUGUGAUCACCUUCCCCCUCAACAACUACCUGAACGACUCGGUGAAGAUGGGUCAGGCUCUUGCAUGGGAACUGGAGUUCAUCAGGUUUAUGAAGAGCUAUAACAACCCCAACCUCACCGUAGCCUUCAGUGCUGAGAGGAGCAUUGAAGACGAGAUCGACAGGGAGAGCAACAGCGACAUCAGCACUAUCGUGAUCAGCUACGCCAUCAUGUUCAUCUACAUCUCCCUCGCCUUGGGCCACAUUCACAGUUUCAGAAGGCUGCUGGUGGACUCAAAGAUUUCUCUGGGUAUAGCUGGCAUCCUGAUAGUGCUCAGCUCCGUGUCCUCAUCUUUGGGGAUCUUCAGCUAUGCGGGUAUCCCACUCACACUCAUCGUGAUCGAAGUCAUCCCCUUCCUCGUGCUGGCUGUUGGGGUCGACAACAUCUUCAUCAUUGUGCAGACAUACCAGAGGGAUGAGCGGUUGCCACAGGAGGAGCUUCACCAGCAGAUCAGCCGUAUUCUUGGAGACAUAGCGCCCAGCAUGUUUCUCUCUUCCUUCUCCGAGACUGUGGCCUUCUUCCUUGGUGCCCUGUCAAACAUGCCUGCUGUGAGGACUUUCUCUCUGUUUGCUGGCUUGGCUGUUUUCAUCGAUUUCCUGUUGCAGAUCAGUUGCUUUGUCAGCUUGCUGGGCCUGGAUGCCAAAAGACAGGAGGGGAACCGGCUUGACAUCUGCUGCUGCGUAAAACUGCCUGAACGUCAGGAAGUAAAGACGGAAGGCUUCCUCUUUCGCUUUUUCAAAAAAGUCUAUGCUCCAUUCAUCCUCAAGGAGUGGGUUCGGCCGAUCGUUGUGGCGGUGUUUGUUGGUGUACUGUCCUUCAGUAUCGCCGUUGUCAAUAAAGUGGAAAUUGGACUGGACCAGAAGUUAUCUAUGCCUGAUGACUCCUAUGUUCUGGACUACUUCAAGAAUUUAACCGAGUACCUCCACACCGGAGCUCCUGUUUACUUUGUAGUGGAGGAAGGGCACAACUACAGUAGCCCAGAGGGCCAAAAUUCUGUGUGUGGAGGAGUAGGAUGUAACAACGACUCUUUGGUGCAACAGAUUUAUGCUGCCUCACUUAUCAGUAACUACACAACUAUUGCCUACACCCCAUCAUCGUGGCUGGAUGACUACUUUGAUUGGGUGAAGCCUCAGUCCACCUGCUGCCGCUACUACAACAACUCAGGAGCUUUCUGCAAUGCCUCAGUUGUGGACCCGUCCUGUUUAUCCUGUCGGCCCAUGACUCAGAGCGGAAAGCAGAGGCCUGAAGGAGAAGACUUCAUGCGGUUUCUGCCCAUGUUCCUGUCAGACAACCCUAAUCCCAAGUGUGGAAAAGGCGGCCAUGCAGCUUACGCGACAGCCGUCGAGCUGUAUACCAACAACACGGGCGUUGGGGCCACGUACUUCAUGACAUACCACACCAUUCUAAAGGAGUCUCCAGACUACAUCGAUGCUUUGAAAAUGGCUCGAAUCGUUGCCAACAACAUCAGUCAGUCUUUGGGUCACAAAGUUUUUGCCUACAGCAUCUUCUACGUGUUUUACGAGCAGUACCUCACCAUUGCCUACGACACGGCUCUGAAUCUGUGCGUGUCACUGGGAGCCAUAUUUGUAGUGACGACGGUGCUGCUGGGCUUGGAGCUGUGGUCAGCAGUGAUGGUCAGCAUUACCAUCGCCAUGAUCCUGGUCAACAUGUUCGGCGUCAUGUGGCUGUGGAGCAUCAGCCUCAAUGCUGUUUCUCUUGUCAACCUAGUUAUGAGCUGCGGCAUCUCUGUGGAGUUCUGCAGUCACAUAGUGCGAGCGUUUUCCAUCAGCGUAAAGAAGAGCAGAGUGGAGCGAGCGGAGGAAGCCUUGGCUCACAUGGGCAGCUCUGUGUUCAGUGGGAUCACACUGACAAAAUUUGGAGGUAUUUUAAUCCUGGCACUCUCCAAGUCACAGAUCUUCCAGGUCUUCUACUUCAGGAUGUACUUGGCCAUUGUGUUGCUAGGGGCAACUCAUGGCCUCAUCUUCCUUCCAGUUCUUCUCAGCUAUAUAGGUCCGCCGGCGAACAGAGCGAAGGUGCUUGCAGCUAACCAGCGUUUUGCCGGCACAGAAAGGGAGCCCCUCAUCAAAUACUAGUCAGUGGUUGAGACGGCGUCCAAACAAACUAAUGAACUAACUGUUUGUGAGGGACUGUGCGUGGGUGAAAGCAGGAGCUGCUUCUUCAACUACCGACACACUCAACAUCUCAGCUACUAUGGAUCUAACUCAGGAAGGUUCAAGGAAAUGAGGAACGCCGAAGGCCAUGUCCACAAGCACAAACUGAACUCUCCUCAGAAGACUCCAAUCAGAAACAGCUCUCUUCCUCGUCAUCAUCCUCCUCCUCUUCACACUACAAGACACGCCUUUAGUAUCUGAAAAAAGAACACCAAGGAACAGACAGUCUGAUGGAGAGGAGCAGGUAGACCCUCCACCUGUCAACACUGGAGGAGCUCUUUGUUUUUGGAAAAUUAGAAAAGGGUAAAACUGGUCUAUUUUUAUAUAGACGACCAGCUUAAUCCUAUUGAAACGGUUUUCUUUUGCUUUGGAAAGAAGAUGAAUAUCUGUAGAACCGUUUGAUGCUACAAGUCACCUACUGAAUGGAUCGAGAAACAACAGUUAACAGCAAUAGUUACCAAUAGUCCUCAGCAGUUAGGAGCUGCAUCAACAAGUUAGACCCAUCUGCAUCCACGCUGGAUUCCUGUUGCAUGAAAUCCCCAAACUGAUGUGGAUCUAAACUCUUAGACGCAUAUUCUCAAUAUUUUUCUUAUUUUUAUUCAGAAGUCAGUAAAUUGGGACCAGACCUGAAAGAAAAACAAAAUUCCAGCGAUCCUUCUUCUUGCCUUCUUCCCACAUUUUUCCUCGGAUUAUUUAUUUAAAAGCAGGUGAGCUGUUAACAUUAUCCGACACCAAAAUUCAUUAAGAGCACACCAACUUGUGUUCUUUUUGAGGACUUUAUAGGACGGAGCGCUUUGGAUUGACGUGUAUCUGAUGCGUUUUGUAGUUACUGAACAAACCAUUUGUAGCAUUGUUAAAUUUGACGGAUAAAAGAAUAUAAAUGCAUAAAAUUGCAAAAAGAAAAAGCUAACGGGACUAAUUAAAUUUUUUCUACUGUCAUUGCAGUUUGGAUAUUUGCUUUUAAAUUAUUGUUUUAACUUUUGCUAAUAUUUGCUGCUUUUCUGUAUAUGUUUAAAGCUCUCAUAGGUCCCUUUAAAAAAAAAAAAUGUUUUGAGAUGAUUUAAGCUAAAUGUGACCAAUCAACGCUUCAUGUUGGUCUUUGUUCUCAUGCCUUACCUUUACCUCAACAUGUCUGACAUUUUACCCUGUUAUCCUGUGUGUGUAUUCCUUAGAAACGGUAAACCAUUUCUCGCUUUUAUCGACAGUCCCUUCAGGAUUGAGUAGUAAUUUGUAUAAUGAGAGAUAGAGCUGUAUCUAACACCAGCUUAAAUCUGGAUGUACGGAAAAAGAAUGUUACGAGUUUUGUGUCUUGCUCAAUCAUGUAUGAAAGAAAAGGUUUGUGGGGCAAGGGGGGGAAAGACAAUGCAAAACAAGGAAAACUUUAGUUUUUAACCAUUUUUAACAUUAAAC